GCACCUCCCCUCUCUCUCUCUCUCUCUUUCCCCUAAUACCUCUUUUAUUUGAACAUGGGAGGCUCUGUAGUUUUCGGUGAGAGUAGAUGCCAGACAGAAUUAACUUUUGGACCUCUUCACAGUGGUGUACAAACUGAGGCUUACAGGAGACAAAGGAGCAGGUCAUCACAGAUAUGAUGUUUCUGCAGAUACUUAGACCAGCUGGCAUGACAUUUUGGAGACCAAGCAGUGGUGUUUCCUGUUUACUUGGGCUGGUCACAUGUCUGGGCUGUGUAGCAUCCUUCAACAUCACCCCAAUGACUUCAGGCCUGCGCUCUGCCUUUUCUGCCACACGUAGCAGCAGCAUGUUGGGUGGCACUCAGCGAGCUGUGACCUUUGACCGCCUUCUAGUCAACAUCGGUAAUGACUUCAACCCAGAUACGGGCAGUUUUCGAUGUCGCCUGCCUGGUGCGUAUUACUUCUCGUUCACUGUGGGAAAGUUCCCCAAGAAGAUGCUGUCGGUCAUGCUGGUGAAGAACGGGAUGGAGGUGCAGGCCAUGGCGUACGACGGAUACCAGAAACAGGGUCGCAAGGUGCAGAGCCAGAGCGUGAUGGUCAGUCUGAGGCCCAUGGAUACGGUCUACCUGCUGCUUCAGGAGAAACCUGACUAUGCCAUCUACAGCAAUGUUGGACCAUACAUCACAUUUAGCGGUUAUCUCAUCUACCCAGACUCCACAUCGUCUGCUGGAUAUCUCAAUAACCACCUAUCUCCUCCAGGCCUUCAUCUUCCAGGUUGUCCUCCCUCUAUAGAUCCCUAUUAUGAUUGGAGAAGAACAACACCCAGUGAGGAACCACGUUCUGCGUUUUCAGUGGCAAGAACAUUAUCAGCGUUGGGAGAAAGCAGAGGGCGUCGUGAAAGAGAAGCUCUCACGUUUGAUGUCGAAUACGUUAACAUAGGCGGCCAUUUUAACAGAACAUCCGGACGUUUCAUCUGCCACUUCCCCGGCGCAUACUACUUCGCAUUUACUGUGGGGAAACACCCUCGUCGGGCGGUGUCAGUGAAGCUGAUGACGGGCAGAGGGGAGGUGCGGGCCAUGGUUUUCAAUGAGGACAUGUCACGACGGAGAGAGACGCAGAGUCAGAGUCUGCUGUUGUCACUGAAAAAAGGAGACAGCGUCUGGCUGUACAGUCAGCAGGAAGACGGAUACGCCGUUUACAGCAACCAGGGACGUUACACGACCUUCUCUGGAUUCCUGGUCUAUCCUGAUGUCGAAUCCAUGUACAGAGACAGAACUUUCACCUGAGAACCAGUACUGAAUAAUUCAUAGCUCUGCCUUUAACUUUUUGUUUUUUGUACUAAAUCUGUGAAUAGUUGUGGUCCUUAACAUAGUGUUAUUGUUAUGUGCUUUUACACAUUACAAAUUAUAAUGUAAAUAUUGUAUCAUUUUUGGGGGUAAAAAUAGUAGCAGCUUUUAUUAAUGACAUUAACAAACAUUACAUUGCUUGGUUAGCAGAUCAUUAGUGAUCGUACAUUAAAAUGGAAUUCAUAUAUAUAUUCAUAUUUGAAUGUAAAUGAACUACUGAUCUAAGCUUUUAUAAUGUAUAAUUUUUAUUACUUACAAAUAUUAGUUUAACAAAUAGG